UAAAGGCUGUAAGCUAAAGCCAGCAAAGCAAGUAGAGGCUGUUAGUGUUAGGGGAAGUUGUCAGUGGUUGAAGUGACAUGCAGAGCCAGUGAUGUGCAGCAAAGACAAUGGGCGGCACAAUCAAGCAGCCAGAUGUUGCUCUUGACUAAAAUGCAAGUUAGAUUUGAAGGGCCUAACUAACAAUGGGGAGUUUUGCGGCGGAUCUGUUUCUGCUCCUGCUGAUUUCCACAGGACAAGUUUAUGGAGUGUCUUUCUACGGUGAUGGCUACAUCCACCUACGAACAGUGGAGGCGUCCAUUCAGACAGUGCUUCAUGUACGUUUUCGAACCUCCAGUCAGUCGGGGCUGCUGUUUUUGGCAGCUGGACGCAGAGAUUACUUGCUGCUGGAGCUGAUCUCUGGGCGUCUGCAGGUACGUCUGGACUUGGGCUCAGGUGAGCGCUCACUACGCUCAGAAAAGGGCAUCCAUCUUAGCGACCUAGCGUGGCACUCCAUGGAGCUGACACACAACCAUCAUAAUGUCACCAUGACUGUCGACCGAAACUCUCAUACCAGCCUCCGUAUGCCAGGACCAGAUCUGGAGCUCAGGGUCGAGGAAGGGCUUUUUGUUGGUGGAGCAGCUGGACUGAACCACCCAAACCUUCUCAACAUCUCCUCCGGGUUUAGAGGUUGCGUAGAUGAAGUUGUGUUCAAUGAACAUAACCUGCUGUCCAGCCUGAGACCUUAUUCUGGGUACAAGAGUGUCCAUGAGGUCUCACUGGGCUGUAGUCCACAGUUUUCUGCAACAGAAGAUGAUUCUGUCAGUUUUUUCAGCUCUAAAGCCUUUAUCUCUCUCCCGCCAUGGGAGGUGCCACAAGAGGGGGUGUUUGAAUGUGAAUUGCACCCUUCUGCAAGAGAAGAUGAUGGCAUUAUCCUGUAUAGCUCUGGUAACCUGGGAGGGUUUGUUGCCAUUGAGAUCAGAGACGGUCACCUGGUGGCAACAGUAGGAAAUGGAGAGGGUAGUAAGAUUGAGCUGCGUUCUCUAACACAUGUCCACAACAAUUACACUUGGUACCCCAUCCAGCUGCACCUGUUGCCCUACAGCAUCCAGCUGAAGGUGGGCAAGGAGUUGAUCAAGGCUGACCUGAGUCUGGAGCUCCAGGUCAUCCAGCUCAAAGGGCCUCUCUUCUUGGGAGGGUUGGACGAAGAAGCCCGUGAAGAGGCAAGAAGGGCUGGGCUGAUGUCCGUUAUGCCCGUGGGGCAAUUGGCUGUGGGAGGAGGCUCCUUUAAAGGAUGCCUCAGAGAAAUUAGGGUGAACACUCAAAGAACAGGCUUACCUCAUGCCACCAUCACGAAGGACAUCACUGUGGGCUGCAAGACAGGGCAAGCUCCAGAUGCAGUGACUACCACCAGUCCAACAGAUCGUCCUGCGUCUGAUGUCACGACCACACAACCAAUUAUCAACAAUAAGAAGAACCCUAACUUUUUGUUCCUGAGAAAGCUAGAAGUAGCGGAAGGAGGCCGGGCACCACUGGAGCCUAAACACAUGAGGGUGAAUCUGGAUUUUCGGAAAUUGGGCAUUCAUCCAUCCCAGUUGAUGUUCCGCAUAGAGGGGCAGCCUGUCCAUGGCCAGCUCCGGCUGGACCUAAGUCUUGACCCUGAUGGGAUUCGGGGCGAGGGGCAGGAGAGGACUAUUACAAUAGGGGCAGAAGAGGUCGACCGCACUUUCAGUAUGCUGGACCUGUGGCAGGGCCGGGUGAUGUACGUCCACAGUGGGUCAGAGGACCAACAGGACUUCUUCAUGUUUUCAGUGUUCUGCAGAAGUAAGAAGGAGGUUCCUGUGUUUCUGAAGGGCAACCGCCUGCACCGGUUUGAUAUCAGCAUCAGUCCUGUUAAUGAUGCACCUGUGCUCAGCCUGCCAGAGGGAAACCUUUUCACUGUGGCGGAGAACUCUAAACGACAGCUGACAACAGAUGUGGUGAGAGUGUCAGACCCUGACAGCAGUCCUGCAGAGCUGGUGUUCAGUUCCCUGGGAAACCUCAACUCUGAGGUUGGACACCUUGAGCACCAGGAUUUCCCCGGCAGGGCCAUUAACUUGUUCUCCCUGAAUGAUCUGGAGGAGGGUAAGAUCAGCUUUGUCCACACUGGGGUCCCCACCUCCAGGCUGGCACUCAGGGUCAGUGACGGGCUGAAGUUGAGCAACACGGUAGUUUUGAGGAUUAUGGUAGUGCCACUCGAACACAAACUGGUGAAUAACACCGGACUGGAAGUAAACCAAGGUGGGGCUUCCAUCAUCACAACCAUUCACCUUGCAGUACAAGUUAAUGUGGCUGAUCAGGAAUCGGAAAUCCACUAUGAUGUUACAGAGCUGCCACAGUAUGGUGAGCUCCAGCGGUUGCACUCAAGUGGCGACUGGAAACCGACCACUUCCUUCUCUCAGAAGCUUCUAGAAAAAGAACGGAUCAGAUAUGUCAACACUUACCAUGGCCUUCAGACUCAGAACAACGUCACUGAUCACUUCAAAUGUAAGAUCAGCACCGGUUCCCUGGCUACAGAGGAGGUUGUUUUCCUCAUUGUGAUACGCUGGAUUCACUUCAAGGUCACACGCAGUAAGAUGGAGGUCAAUGGUGUUCAGAAUGCUACUGUUACUUCAGAGGACCUCCAUGUGAUUUCUAAGGGUGUUAAACUCAAUGAGAGCGACCUCUACUUCAGGCUCCUGACAGUACCAAAGAAAGGGAGGUUAUUCCUCAAUGACCACGUUCUACAAAGGAACUCGAGCUUCAGCCAACAGAAUAUCACAGAUGGCUUGGUGAAGUAUGAGCUGCUCAACAGGCUGCUCGAUGACACCAGAGACAUGUUCAGAUUUCAGGUGUUUUCAGCACAUGCCAACUCAGCAACUUACGACUUCAGAAUUAACAUCAAAGCAGAGUCGACUGCCAUCACUGUUAUAAACAAAGGCCUCACAAUCCUGGAGGGAGGAAGUAAAGUCAUCAACAAAGAUAUUCUGUACACUCACACAGCAAGUAACCGGGAGGUCCAGUACAGCAUUACGGUGAGCCCCAGGCACGGGCAAAUAAGGAGGAUCAACCUUUCCAACUCAACUUCCAUUAACGACAACAUUUUGACAUUCACAAAUCUCGAUAUCAUCGAGGAGAGGAUCAUGUAUGUUCAUGAUGACAGCGAGACCAAGCAGGAUUACUUCACUUUUCAAAUCAUGGUUUACAAACCUCACAAACACACCAGCAAGAAGGAGGACAGAAACACAGCAGAACACACCUUUAAUAUCUCUGUGCAGCUCGUCAAUGAUCAGAGACCUGUCCGGGUUGUUGAUAAAGUUUUCCAUGUGGCCCGUGAUGGGCAGAGGUUGGUGACAUUGAAUGACCUUCGUUACCGGGACGAUGACUCUGACUUUGAGGACAAUUGGUUGGUCUACACGCGGAGGGGGAUUCCUAUGGGAGAGCUGGUGCUGGCCAGUGAUACCAGUCACAAGCUGUACGAGUUCACACAGCGGGACCUUGAGCAGAAAAAGGUGCUGUUUGUCCACAGAGGAGUGAGUUUUGGGCGUUUUGUGCUAUUUGUAUCAGAUGGGAAACAUUAUGUUUCAACCCUUCUGGAGGUAAUUGCUCAGGAUCCUUACCUUCAGGCUGAGAACAACACAGGCCUCACAGUACAGCGAGGUGGGAUCACAACCUUGACCUCUGCAAACCUCAGCGUCUUCAGUAACCUUGAUAUCCGAGACCCACAGGAAGUGACAUUUGAGGUCUUCCUGCCACCUAAAUAUGGUGUGCUCUGCUUUCAUGAUAAAGAUCGUGAGACUGUAACAAAAGCAGAUGCAAUUUCAAUAUUCACCCAACGAGAUUUGGUGGCAGGGCGCCUGGCGUAUUACCAUGAUGGCAGCCAUGAGCUGUCAGAUGGGUUCAAUGUGACAGCAAGAGCAAGAGAGAAGACUACAGAGAACCGACUGGACAGAGGGAGGAGGGAGGUACAUCUGGAUAUCGGAGUGCCGGUAAAAAUCUACCUGGAGAGUCACCAGAGGCCGCCAAAUGUCAUAAGUAACCGUCCAGUGGUUGUGGCAGAGGGACAGAAUGUCUCCAUAAGCAGGGAGCACUUGGAGGUGGUUCAUGAGGAUAGCCAGCCCUCAGAGAUAGUUUUUACUGUCCAAGAUCCUCCGACCCUGGGUUUCCUUCAGAGGUUUCCCCCCAACGACAAGCACCGGAACAGCAAUGGAGAACAGCUGCACUUCUAUCAAGGCAUCAGAGAGCAGCCAACAACCUCCUUCACUCAGGAGGACCUCAACCAGGGAUUGAUCAUCUACCAUCAGCAGGCUGCAGGAAGCACCAACGACUCUGUCCUGUUGGAAGCAACCAAUGGGGUCACAAAGGUCGGACCUGUCAGGCUGGAGAUUGAUAUCAUUCCGAUCCUGCUCCCUCUACAGGUGUCUGACUUGACCCUUGAUGAGGGGUCGUCCCUGCCGCUGACCUCUGACAUCAUCAAGGUCGCCAAUCAUCACUUCUCGGGGAUGAACUUCCUGUACCAGGUCAUAGUUCCACCACGACACGGACACUUGGAGCACAGCCGGAUCCCGGGGAUGCCCAUCACUGCUUUCACUCACACUGAGGUGGAACGUGAGUACAUCUCCUAUAUCCAUGACGGCAGCGACACACACAGAGACAACUUUACCAUUGUCGCCAAUCAGACGGAAAUCAGGAAGCACAGUCUUCCCUGCACCGUUCACGUCAUUGUCAUUCCUGUCAAUGAUGAGACUCCUGUUAUUGCAGCCAACAAGGGUCUGAAGGUGUGGGUGGGUUCCGUGACAGAAAUCACCAUAAAUGAUCUGAGUGCAGAUGACUCGGACACUCCACCUGAGUGGCUGGAGUUUGUUGUCACACCACCCAGCAACGGGCACCUGGCCCUGAAGUCGGCCCCUUCCAGACACAUCCUGAACUUCACCCAAAGUCACAUACAAACCGGACAACUGGUGUUUGUGCACAGUGGUGCUUUGUCGGGAGGCUUUCACUUCCAGGUGAAUGAUGGUGUGAACUUCGCCCCUCGCCAGAUCUUCAGCACAACUGCCCACUCUUUGGUCCUCACCCUGCAGAGAAAUCAACAAAUGGAGGUCUACCCAGGCUCUGUGACACCAAUUACUAAAGAGGAGCUUCAGGCCGUAACCAACGACGUCAGCGACAUCAGAAGGAACCACUCUGUGGUGUUUGCAGUGACCACUCCUCCUAAACUCGGUCGCCUGGUCCAACGUAUGCCUGACAACUCUACACAAAAUAUAUCCAUGUUCACGCAAAGCAUGGUGAAUGAUGGAGUUAUCUUGUAUGAUCAGAAAAAGGCAGAGUCAGUAGGAUGGUCGGCUGCAGACUCUUUCUCUUUCACCGUGUCCUCUCCCCCUGCUUUCCUUCCUCCGCAUACCUUCACCAUCUUAAUCUCCUACCAGGCCAACGAACAUCACGACAACCCUCAACAUAAGACCAGACUACUGAACAACGCAGGUGCCGUGGUGGCCGAGGGAGGCCGGGUGAUGAUUGACAGCUCUAAACUUGAUGCUUCCAAUCUCCUUGUGAAAGUCCCAGAGCCCCGCAGGAAAGACCACCACAUCCUGUACCGUGUGAUUUCACUGCCGCGCCACGGGGCUCUGUCUAUACAAGGUCACAACCUCACCAGGAACCAGCCUGAUUUCUCUCAGGUCACCUUAAACAAGUUCGGCAUCACAUACAUCCACGAUGACUCAGAGACAACGAGCGACAGCUUCACUUUUCGGGCCUGGGUGGCUCCUUUGGAUCUCUCCUCCUCUUCCUCCUCAUCUUCCUUGUCUGCUUUGUCCUCUGAUUCCUCCUCCUCCUCCUCCUCCUCCUUUUCUCCUCUCUAUUCAGCCUCGUCAUCCUCCUUUUCGUCAUUGGAUGUGGUUUCUCAUGGCCAUGUCAAGGACAGCCUGGCAGUGACGGAGAAGUUCAACAUCACAGUGACACCGGUCAACGACCAGCCGCCACUCAUCAGGAGCAGAGCCCCAAGUAUGAAGGUCGUGGUUGGAGAGAGAGUCGUAAUUGGACCAGACAAUCUGCAGGUUGAGGAUCAUGACACCCCUCCAGAGGAGCUGCACUACCUUGUGAUCAGUAAGCCCAGUAACGGCUACCUGACGCUGGGGGAAAGACCAGAGCCAGUGACCUCCUUCACCCAGUAUGACGUCAACCACGGCCGGCUACACUUCAUUCAGCAGGGUGAGCCCUCAACAGGUGUCUUCUACUUCAACAUAACCGACGGUCAUCAUCGCCCACUUUACAGACUGUUCAGUUUGGUGGUGAUAAAGCCCUCUGUCUCCAUAGUAAACAACACCGGCCUGUCAUUGGUUCAAGGCAGGACCGCUGUGAUCCUGACAAUCAACCAGCUUUCUGCUCAAACCAACGGUCGCAGCCCAGCCAACAUCACCUACGCUGUCACCACACACCCUCGCCAUGGACGCAUUGCCAUUAAUGACCAGGAAGUAACUACCUUCCGCCAUGAGGACCUGCAGUUUGGCCGUGUUGUCUACCACAUGACUGAUCUCAGCGAAUCAGAGGACAGCUUUCAGGUGUCGGUGUCAGCCUCAUCCCCCGGUGUUGACUAUGGAAAUGUCACAGACCAGACUGUGAAGGUAACUGUGCGGCCUCUGAUCUACCUGAGGGAGCAGGUUAGAGUGCCCAGUGGUAUCGCUGUGAAACUGGGGAAAGCCAUGAUCGAUGCCUCUGAGCUGGCGAGAAUCAGCCGAGCAGACCCGGUCUUUGAGGUUCUAUCUCCACCAAAACAUGGAAAACUAGUCAAGAUGACCUAUGACCCUAACCAAGCAUCAGAGGUCCUGAAGUCGUUUACGUUCAGAGACGUGGUGCAAGGCCGGGUCGCCAUCGAGGAGACACUCAGCGACGGUGACAACCAGCUCCAUAGUAACAAAUCAGCACUCGCAACACCUCGAGGCCACACCCCCGCCACGCCUCUCAAUGAUUCGUUCAUCUUCAUGCUGAAGGCUGGAAACGUCCAACCAGCGAAGGGCGAGCUUCACUUUACCAUCUUUCCCCACCACCAGAUGCAUCAUGGUCCGAUUGUUACAAAUAUAGCAGAAGGCGCAAGUCGCGAACACACAACAGCCCAUCUACCGACGCAUAACAAGACUACUAACGGAGGAGGAAGAGGAGGUGGAAGAGGGGGAUCCACAACGCACAGUGGCGUUGGGGUGGGUUUGCCCCCCCAUAUUUUGUCACAUAAGAACCACAACAGGACACAGCACAAGCUGAGGCCUCACAGCCGCUGGGGGAACCACACACGCACUCAUGGAGGAAGAUCAGGGAGUGGUGCAGAGGGAGCAGGAGGGGGUCACAGUCAUCACCCACAUCCCCAAACUCCUUCUGUCUCAGACAAACACGGUCCAGUGAUCCCUCCUGACACCCAUCCGGUUCACGUCGAGGUCCUCCCUCGCCCCGCCUCUGACCCACUCCUCAUUAUCCUGCCGCUGCUGGCCUGUUUGCUUCUCAUCAUCAUUCUUGUAGUUUUGAUCCUGGUGUUCCGCCGCCGCAAGGAGAAACAGGCCCAGCUGCGGCUACUCCAGCAGCUCGCCGCUGUGGCGUUGCCCACUGAGGGCAGCCCGUAUAUGGGCCGGGUGGAGCGGAGCGUGGCUAUGCCCUCUGUUGUGGUCACCCCGCUGGGCUAUAGAAGCUGCCCUACCUCACCCAAGGUAUCCAUAACUCCCAGAAGGAAGAGUCUGGCCCCUGGGAUGACCUUCUGGGGGCCAUUUGAAGCUGAUGGAGCGGGUGGUCAUGGGAAUAUUAGAGGUGGUAAUAGUAGGGAAAGAGAUAGUGUAUCUUGUGGUGUUGCAGCUGUCACUGCAGGAUUCAAGAGAUCUACAUCCCCAACUCCGACUCUUAAAGACAACCAGUACUGGGUUUGAUUGGAAGUAAUUCAAAGAAAAACUGUGUGCCUUAGAGGUGUAUUUUUGGUUUGAAGGGUAUAAAUGGCGUGUGUACUGUCCAAGGGACAUCUAUAGUAAUGAGAGGCACAUCUGACCUGCUAUGAACUUUUAAAAAUAUGUACAUCUGUUGAAGAAAUUGUUCCUUUUUUGUAGGAAAUGUAUGAUUGCCAUUAUAUUUAAGUAAUUUCACUGAACCAACUUGAACUGAACACAUAUUUAAUGUAGUAACUAUAUACUGAAAAACUGUAAGACAUUACUCAGCUACCUAGGACCUGUGAGGUACUGUUCAUAGUAAACAGUAUCCAUUAUUAUUAUUAUUGUCAAGUACUUUCCAGUUUUUGCUAAACUUAACUGUCGUGACAAAAGCCUGACCACCACUGGUUUCCUUAUACAAAGAUACAUUUUUUGCAACCAGCAAUUUGACUGAUUCCUCAAAACUUUGGUUUUAACUUCUACAGCUGUGAUGAAUAUAGUACUAUAUUUUUGUAACUGCUGCUUAACAAGGAAGUGAAACAAAGACUGAGUGAAGCAUUUACUGUAAAAGGUAGUCAGAUUAUAUGUAGAUGUAUUUUAAGUUAGCUUUAUUGUGAGUUUAUAGUAUAAGUGGUAACUGACACCUCUCACCUACAAUAUUAUAGAAUUUAUGUGUUACUUAAUAGUGACUGUACUGUAAGUCUUCCAAGUCCAUGCAUGCAAACUAUUGUUUACAACAUUCACCACUCAUGCACAGACACAGGUGUCAUUCACCGUUCUGCACUUUCCUGUUUGCUCUGACUGAGGCAGUGAGCUGUAACCGUUUCUGACUAUACAGCAUUAACAAAGGCAUCAGUAGCUUCCUCAGUUCCUGAUACACUUCACCAUUUUCGUCACAUUUGAGCCGUUUCAUGCCAGCCUGUUCGCCAUGCACUGUGAAAGAUUUAUUUUUAAUAAAAGAUAUUUCUGUAA